AUGGACGCUAAACUCGCCGCAGCACUCGGCACCGCUGCCGCUGCCGCCGUCGGAGGCACGGCCUUCGCGCUCACCCGCCCCAAGCCCGACACGUCCCUUACGCAGGAGGACAUCGCGACCCUGCUCACCGUGUUCGACACUGUCCUCGCGCCCGUCGACCCCAAGACCCUCACCGCGCCAGCCGCGACGUCCACCGAGGCCGUGGAGGCCUUUGCGGUCGAGAAGCCGUCCGACCUCCCCGUCGCCGAGCUGACUGGCGCGCUCGCUGCGCUGCCGGCCCACCAAGUCGUCGAUCUCAAGAAGGGCCUCGCGAGCCUCCGUGCUGGCGGCCCCACCGCGCUGCUCAUGAACGGCACCACGACGCCGUUCGUCUCCCUCCCGCUCGAGCAGCGCCAGGCCGUCUUCAACUCGUGGGAGCGAGCCCGCAGCCCCGCCCUGCGCCGCCUGCACACCUCCCUCGCGCGCCUCGCGAUCGCGCAGUACCUCGGCCACUCGCGCACCGCCGCCCACGCAAUGGGGUACAAGCCCACGCCGACCCCGCCGGGCCAGGUCUACCCGUACACCUUUGCCUCGGGCGAGCAGCUGCGCGAAGCCACGCCUGACGUCAUCGUCGUCGGCUCGGGCGCGGGCGGCGGCGUCGUCGCCAAGGAGCUGGCUGAGGCCGGCUUGUCGGUGCUCGUCAUUGAGCACGGCGAGCACUUUGCGCCCAACGGCCAUGUGCUCACCGACGCGCAGGCGCGCGCACUCAUGUUCGAGGGCGCGGGCAUCGUCACCUCGGCUGGUGGCGAGCUCGUCAUCCUCGCGGGUAAGGUGUUUGGCGGCGGCACCACCGUCAACCUGUCGGCGUCGAUCGAGCCUCCCCGCAUCGUCCGCGAGGACUGGGCGCGCACCUCGCACGUCGACCACUUCACGUCGGACGCAUUCCAGGCCGACCUCGACGCCGUGUCGACCUACAUGGGCGUCUCGCUUCCCGCAGCGCACAACUACGCCAACACGCUCGUGCUCACGGGCGCCAAGAAGCUGGGCUACACUGCCGCCCACGUGCCGCAGAACAACGGCUUCGGGGAGCAUGCGUGCGGACACGACUGCGCCAACGGGUGCCGCUCGGGCGGCAAGAAGGGCGGCGUGUGGAGCUGGCUCGCGGGCGCGGCUGGUGCCGGGGCGACCUUUGCCACUGGCUACAAGGUCACCAAGGUGCUCAUGGAGAACGGGCGCGCUACCGGCGUGGCGGUCACUGCUCCCCUCAAUGGCGAGAUGACGAUCAAGGCGCCCCGCAUCGUCCUCGCCGCGGGCGCGAUCCACACCCCCGCCCUCCUUCUCCGCUCAGGAAUCCGCAACUCGCACAUUGGCUCCAUGUACGCCCACCCCACAAACUAUGUCGUCGGUGUCUUCCCCGAGGCGACGUACCCUACCGACGGCACCGUCCUGACGUGCGUGAUCAACGAGUUCGCCGUGCUCAACGGCACGGGACACGGCGUGCGCAUCGAGGUCGGGCUCAUGCAGCCGAGCUUUGUGCUCCCCCUCCUGCCAGCAAAGGACAUCAAGGCACGCGCGCUGCAGCACGCGCAUACGGUGGGCCUGUUCGUCAUCGUGCGCGACUCUGUCCCGGGCAAGGUGGUCCUCGGCACCGACGGCCCAGUCGUCAAGUGGUCCCCCAACGCGCACGACAAGGCAUACUACCUCAAGGGGGCGCUCGCCGCUGGCGAGAUCCUCAAGACGAUGGGCGCGACCGAGGUGCACGUCUGUGGUGCGGGGUUCUGGCGCGCCGGCGACGACUGGGACGCGUGGAAGCACACCCUCAAGGCGCCGGAGACGUACGGCUCCGCGCACCAGAUGGGCAGCGUGCGUAUCGGUGCCACGCCCAAGCUUGGUGCCGCGGCGCCCACAGGCGCAGUGUACAGUGCGGAUGGGCUGUGGGUCGCCGACGCGAGCCUGUUCCCCUCGGCGGCGGGUGUCAACCCCAUGCUGGGCAUUAUGGCGCUCGCGCGUAAUGUCGCGCGCGACGUCGCCCGUGAUGCCGCGGAGGUCAAGGCGAAGGAGGUGGAGCAGAGUAACAACAACAACAACAACGACAAGGUGGAGAAGGAGGAGCAGGAGCCCGCGGCCAAGGGCGCCGAGGAGCGCGACGGUGAGGGUACGAGCCAGGCGACGAGCUAUGUCGAUGUGCGCGGCGAGACGCAGUGA